CUCUUCUGCACUUCCAUCGUCGUCGUCGUUUUCGGUGCACUUUUCCUACAGACACGCAACUCUUUCCUCGUUCGGUUUAUUUUUCCCUAUUUUCGAUACUGUUGUUUGUCGCCUAGACUUCUACCCUUUUUCCGAUCUGAACUGUAAUCAAUCUGUUGGAAGAAAAGUAGGCUGUGAUCCGGUGAAUGAUAAAAUUAUACAUAUGUGCAUUAUUAAAUGAAGAAAGAAGCCUUUUCUGCGAUGAUGAGUGCGGUCAUCGUGUUGAAAUUUAUCAUGGAUUCCAAAUCUUCGAUUAAAGGCCCCUUUCUGUCCCAGCAACAAGAAGACUUCCAUCCGUUUAUCGAAGCUCUGUUGCCUUACGUUAAGUCGUUCAGUUACACUUGGUUUAACCUACAGGCAGCGAAACGGCGAUACCUCAAGAAGCACGAGAAAAAGAUGACGCACAACGAGGAGAACAAGUGCAAGCGGGACUUUCAGAAUGAAAAUCCGGAAACGAAGCAAAAAUGGGCCGCCCGUCUGCUGGGGAAACUCCGCAAGGACAUCACCCACGACAGCCGGGAAAAUUUCGUUCACUGCAUCUCGAAGAAGAAAACCUCGAUGUGCAUCCUAUCGAAUCCGGACCAGAAGGGCAAGAUGCGGCGAAUCGAUUGCCUCCGGCAGGCGGAUAAGGUAUGGCGUCUCGAUCUCGUGAUGGUGAUUCUUUUUAAGGCGAUCCCGUUGGAAAGUACCGACGGUGAACGACUGGAGAAGGCCUGCUUCUGCACCAGUCCCAGCCUGUGCAUUAAUCCGUACCAUAUACAAGUAUUAAUUAAGGAAUUGGAUCUCUAUCUGGCCAACUUUAUUAAAUGUUUCAGCGAUGAGGAAAACCAAGGGGAAAAGUCUCACAAUGCUACGAGGAAAUUUUCGAAGGGAAGUAGUAAGGCUUUCUCCUACGACUUCAUCGCACCGACCGGCGUCUUUACCUCGUCCGAGCUGUGGAGCAUCACGCAAGGUGGUAUUCUGGUCGUAAGCGAAAUUUUGAAGUAUCGUUCUAGCGAACAUCUGGACGGACACGACGGGCACGGGCUCAUCUGGAAGAUGGUCGUUCGGUUAGAUUCAAGGACAGCAGAUGAUCUUUCAGAUGAAUUCCAGGACUAUUUUCCUGCUUAG